CAAUUCCUCCGUACCCUCCUUGUUUUCUCUCCAAAUAAAUUUUCUUUUAUGCUUUUUCUAAUAACCCUUUUGUUUCUCUCUCAAUUUUCCAUCAAGAAUCUCAGUUCUUAACAUGGCUUUACUUGGAGCUAUAUAUACUGUUAUGUCCUAUGUGUUCCUUCUUGCUGUCACUUUGGUUUUGGCUGGGGAUAUAGUUCAUCAUGAUGAUGUUGCCCCCACAAGGCCUGGUUGUGAAAACAACUUUGUUCUGGUCAAAGUCCCCACUUGGAUUGAUGGUGUGGAAAACAGUGAAUAUGUUGGUGUUGGUGCAAGAUUUGGUCCUACAUUGGAAUCGAAAGAAAAACAUGCCAAUCUUUCUAGAGUUGUCAUGGCUGAUCCUCCUGAUUGUUGUAGCACGCCUAAGAAUAAGCUCACCAGUGAGAUCAUUUUGGUUCACCGAGGAAACUGUAGUUUCACCGACAAGGCAAAUAUAGCUGAUGAUGCCGGUGCUUCAGCCAUCCUCAUUAUAAAUUACCGAACAGAACUUUUCAAGAUGGUUUGCGAAGAAAAUGAAACUGAUGUUGAUAUUAGAAUACCUGUUGUCAUGCUUCCACAAGAUGCUGGAUUAAACUUGGAAAAGCAUAUAAAAAACAACUCCAUUGUGUCCAUGCAAUUAUACUCUCCACUGCGUCCCUUGGUUGAUGUUGCGGAAGUGUUUUUGUGGCUUAUGGCUGUUGGUACCAUUUUAUGUGCUUCUUAUUGGUCUGCCUGGACAGCCAGAGAAGCAGCGAUUGAGCAAGAGAAGCUUUUAAAGGAUGCUUCAGAUGAAUAUGUUAAUACAGAAAAUGUUGGAUCCAGUGGUUAUGUGGAAAUCAGUACUGCAUCAGCAAUUUUAUUUGUUGUGAUUGCUUCUUGUUUCUUGGUUAUGCUGUACAAACUAAUGUCAUACUGGUUCGUUGAAGUUCUGGUGGUUCUAUUUUGUGUUGGUGGGGUAGAGGGACUGCAAACUUGUUUGGUGGCUCUAUUAUCAUGUUUCAGAUGGUUUCAACAUCCUGCACAAACAUUUGUGAAGAUACCCUUCUUUGGAGCUGUUUCAUAUCUAACACUUGCCCUCACUCCCUUCUGCAUUGUGUUUGCCGUGGUUUGGGCAGUUUAUCGCCGUGCAUCGUGUGCUUGGAUUGGUCAAGAUAUUCUCGGUAUCACAUUGAUAAUUACAGUUCUUCAGAUUGUUCGCAUACCAAAUCUCAAGGUUGGAACUGUUCUUCUCAGUUGUGCCUUCCUAUAUGACAUCUUCUGGGUGUUCGUCUCUAAAUGGUGGUUCCAUGAGAGUGUGAUGAUAGUGGUAGCUCGAGGUGACAAGAGUGGAGAAGAUGGUAUCCCCAUGUUACUCAAGAUACCGCGUUUGUUUGAUCCUUGGGGUGGUUACAGCAUUAUUGGUUUUGGGGACAUAAUCUUACCAGGGCUUCUAGUAGCAUUUUCACUAAGGUAUGAUUGGUUGGCAAAGAAGAAUCUUCGGGCUGGAUACUUCUUGUGGGCAAUGGCUGCUUAUGGUUUAGGUCUCCUCGUUACAUAUGUGGCUUUGAAUUUGAUGGAUGGACAUGGCCAACCAGCUUUGCUUUAUAUAGUCCCAUUUACACUUGGCACCUUUUUGUCACUGGGGAAAAAGAGAGGAGAGCUCAAGAUUUUAUGGACAAGAGGGGAACCAGAAAGGCCUUGCCCUCAUAUCCAAGAGGAUAACCAAUCAAUUAACCACCAUUGAUCACCAGCAUACUUUGUAUUAUAGGUAUUAGUUUAUAGGAGAGUGAUAGCAACUCUUAGGAGAUUAUGUAACAUCUGUGUAUUUGUUGUAACAAAAUUUCAGCCAAAUGAUAUGAUAACAUGGACUUAAAUCAGCAUCUUGAGAGUUGAGAGAGAUUCUCAAGAGAAUCCAUAUCCUGGUUGAUGACUUUGCUUCCAUGAGGGGUCUACCCAAAACCAUAUAUUUGCCAAGCAAAUGUCAAGAAGCAAAGACAUGCAUGGAAGACUCCAACCAAAGAGGGAAUACUGGUAAAAGUCUGCUAACUCUGAGAAGUUGCUGUUUACUAUAAGCUUGUGUUGUAAUAUUAUUAUUGCUCCCUGCUGAUUGAGGAACGCAAUGAGCUCGAGUAUAGAAAAUAGUCUCUUUUGCAUAAAUGUAAGGGUAAGGCUGUGUACAUCAAUUCUUGUUUCUAUUCUCGUAAAAUUGG